GUAACAGAAGGCGUGCGCACUGUUUAGUGUUGGUAAACGUUUCGUGACGUAACACUAAACAGCUGUUUUUUUAGUUACUGGAAUAUUACGAGAUGAGAGUUCCCGGAGCCCUGUUUGCCGCCCGAGGCCGGGCACCGCAGAGCGAAUCGGAUGUACCAUUCCAAGAGAUCCUGCCACUCCGCCUCAAAAACACGGUCAGCGGCAAGGCCGACUCCGGCUCGGACGUGGCCUGCCUGCAGGAGAUGGGCCAGCUUUUCGCCUGCCUAAAGGACAACGAAUUCACGGAGAAGUACUGCAGCAAGGAGAUCAACCAAUUCCAGCGGUGCUUCAAGUGCUACAUGGACCGCAAGCUCGAGGCGAAGAAAACCGUGAACCAGGGCAUCGUGCAGCCGGGGAGCAACCUGAACUACAAGCAACUGAACAAGUACAUGCGACGCUACCCCAAUCCGGUUUAAUUUUGACACUAGCAAAUUAAAAGUUUUAUAAUACAACAUUACAGCCGGACAGCUUAUAAUUAUUUGUCUAACAGA